AUGGACUCAGUUGAUGUACGAGCCAAAGUCAAGUACGUUUGUGCUUUCUUUUCGUUCUCUAAGACUGCAACGAAUCCAAGGAACUCAAGGUCGGCAAUUGUCCCCAAGAAUGACUUUGCGCAGAGCUCGAUGGCUUUCUCGGAGCAAGUCAAGGUUGGAUUGGACUGGGCUCCCUCGAUCUUCUUGGUCUUUGACUCGGCUAGCUAUUUGAUUGCGCUAGUCAAUCCCCCCAGGCCACUCUUGAUAAUGUCGUUUUUGCCUUCACGAGUACGCUUCACGGCGGGUGUUGCGGUAUCUGGGUCAACUUCAAUGUCGCUAUCUUCAGGAUCCAAGAUCAUUGCUGGUCUCUUGGCUUGUAUUUUGGAAGCUGCACACGACGACGACGCCGAUCACGCGCCGCCGCUGUCGACCACCACCGCGGCGGCCCCUUUCACCCGCGUCGUCGGCCUCCGCUCGGAGAUCCAGAAACUCAAGAACGAGCUUGACUCCCUCGUCGCCUCUUGUUGUCCGCUCUGUGCGGGCGCCGUCAACGCUAUCGACCGUCCGUUCGUUCAAGACGGAGAGCUCGAGAUCUGA